AGACUCUACCAGAUGUGUGGCAUCGGUCUCCCAUCAAUGUUUGAGAAACCAAGUGCUUGAAAUGUUUGAUCAUGCAUAUAGCAAUUAUAUGGAGCAUGCGUAUCCAGCUGAUGAACUCAUGCCUUUAACUUGUCGUGGACGAGUACGGGGUCAGGAACCAAGUCGAGGGGAUGUGGAUGAUGCCUUGGGAAAAUUUUCACUGACCUUGAUUGAUACCUUGGACACUCUUGUGGUGUUAAAUAAAACCAAAGAGUUUGAAGAGGCUGUAAAAAAAGUAAUAAAGGAUGUUAAUUUAGAUAACGACAUAGUUGUAUCUGUCUUUGAAACCAACAUAAGAGUCCUUGGAGGUCUCCUAGGUGGGCAUUCAGUAGCAAUUAUGCUGAAAGAAAAAGGUGAAUAUAUGCAGUGGUACAAUGGUGAACUUCUGCACAUGGCAAAGGAACUAGGCUACAAGCUUUUACCUGCUUUUAACACCACUAGCGGUCUCCCUUAUCCAAGAGUUAACUUAAAAUUUGGUGUAAGACAUCCAGAAGCACGAACAGGAACAGAAACUGAUACCUGUACAGCUUGUGCGGGUACCUUGAUCCUUGAGUUUGCAGCUUUAAGCCGAUUCACAGGAACAUCUAUAUUUGAGGAGUAUGCACGAAAAGCGCUUGAUUUUAUUUGGGAAAAGAGACAGCGCAGCAGCAAUUUAGUGGGCGUUACUAUUAACAUUCAUACUGGAGACUGGGUCCGGAAAGAUAGUGGAGUUGGAGCAGGAAUAGAUUCAUAUUAUGAAUAUUUAUUAAAAGCCUAUGUCUUGCUGGGAGAUGACAGUUUCCUGGAAAGAUUUAACACGCACUACGAUGCCAUAAUGAGAUACAUUAGCCAACCACCUCUUCUUCUUGAUGUUCAUAUUCAUAAACCAAUGCUAAAUGCUAGGACCUGGAUGGAUUCUUUGCUAGCUUUCUUCCCUGGAUUGCAGGUGCUGAAGGGUGAUAUUAGACCUGCUAUUGAAACUCAUGAGAUGCUGUAUCAGGUUAUAAAAAAGCAUAACUUUCUUCCAGAGGCAUUCACAACAGACUUUAGAGUUCACUGGGCUCAGCAUCCUUUAAGGCCUGAAUUUGCUGAAAGCACUUACUUCUUGUAUAAGGCUACUGGUGACCCUUACUAUCUAGAAGUAGGAAAAACACUCAUUGAAAACUUGAACAAGUAUGCAAGAGUACCUUGUGGGUUUGCUGCAAUGAAGGAUGUUCGUACAGGAAGUCAUGAAGACAGAAUGGACUCUUUCUUUCUGGCCGAGAUGUUUAAAUAUCUUUAUCUGCUGUUUGCUGAUAAGGAAGACAUGAUUUUCGACAUUGAAGAUUAUAUCUUUACUACAGAAGCUCAUCUAUUACCACUUUGGCUUUCCACUACAAACCAAACUAUCUCUAAAAAAAAUACAACUACAGAAUACACAGAGCUGGAUGACAGCAACUUUGACUGGACCUGUCCAAACACCCAGAUUCUUUUCCCAAAUGACCCUAUGUUUGCUCAAAGUAUUCGUGAACCUUUGAAAAAUGUGGUGGAUAAGAGCUGUCCUAGGGGUAUUUCCAGAGCAGAAGACAGUUUGGGAAGUGGACCAAAACCACCACUGAGAGCCAGAGAUUUCAUGGCCAGUAAUCCUGAACACUUGGAGAUACUGAAGAAGAUGGGAGUCAGUUUGAUUCAUCUGAAGGAUGGAAGAGUACAAUUAGUACAGCAUGCAGUGCAAGCAGCAAGUUCACUUGAUGCUGAAGAUGGCUUACGGUUCAUGCAAGAAAUGAUUGAACUCUCCAGUCAGCAACAGAAAGAGCAACAGCUACCUCCUCGUGCUGUCCAAAUUGUUUCCCAUCCAUUCUUUGGCAGGGUCGUCUUGACUGCUGGACCAGCACAAUUUGGGAUGGACUUAUCCAAACACAAAGCAGGGACAAGAGGAUUUGUUGCAACCAUUAAGCCAUAUAAUGGAUGCUCAGAGAUCACUAAUCCUGAGGCAGUGAAAGAGAAAAUUGCUCUGAUGCAAAGAGGCCAGUGUAUGUUUGCUGAAAAGGCACGAAACAUUCAAAAAGCUGGAGCAAUAGGAGGCAUUGUUAUUGAUGACAAUGAGGGAAGCAGUAGUGACACAGCUCCUCUCUUCCAAAUGGCCGGUGAUGGAAAAAACACAGAUGAUAUCACAAUUCCCAUGCUCUUCCUCUUCAACAAAGAAGGAAACAUUAUACUGGAUGCAAUCCGGGAGUAUGAGGCUGUGGAGGUGCUCCUUUCUGAUAAAGCAAAAGACAGAGACUUAGAAAUGGAGAAUAUGGACCAGAAAUUGUCUGAAAAUGAUUCUCAUAAACAGAAUGCAGAAGAAGCUACUUCAGCAUCUCAGGAUGUUGGUGCAGUCAGUGAGGAGCCUGAAGAAGGAGAAAGCUCUGAUGUUACUGACCCUGAUUCUUUAUCUCCUGCUAAUGCAGACAGUGACAGCGUUUCCAUUUCAAAUCAGGAUUCCUGUGUCCCUGGAACUGAUGAGGCUGGUGCUCCGGAGCCAGCAUGUACGCAAGGGGAUAACCAGCCUCAGGAACAAAAGACUGAGGCAGAGUCAAAUUCCAAAGUUAACUGGGAUAAUAAAGUCCAACCUAUGGAAUCCAUAUUAGCAGACUGGAAUGAAGAUAUUGAAGCAUUUGAAAUGAUGGAAAAGGAUGAGCUAUGACUUGUAAUAAUAACUUAUUUGUUAGUAAACAAAUGGAGAACUCUUUGGGUAGAAGUGAGGCCCCAAUAUCUGAGAACUAGAAAACAUAAUCAGUAUUGUGAUGAGCAACCAGGUUUCACCUGGAAAUUACCACAGAAAUCCAGCACACGCUCUUUGUAUUGUUUUAAUUUUUCCUGUUUAAAAAUGGGAAUGUGCAAUUGAAGCAUUUGUCUCGCUCCACUGCAUGGUGCUGUAACCCAGGAGGCUCCUUCAGGGAACGAGCCUGACUUCUGCAUUCCAGGCUCUGAGAGGUCACACUCCCUUGGUCUCUGGAAAGCAAAAGUUGAACGCAAUGGGGUUAACAUACCAUGUAACGGUUAUCGAUGAGAGCACUUGAAGGCAGUAGGUCAGCCACUGUUCUGGUUGGAGCAAAGGUGCUCUUACACUGAUUUCUACUGAGUUGAAAGCCUUCAUUGAUAGCAGCAGGUGAAAUUGUUUCCAGUUGUCCUGUCUAAGAGACAGCUAGAAGCAGUUUGAUUUUUGUCCUGACAUAUCAUACUGAGACAUAGCAGUGUUGCUCAUCACUCCUUCCAUCUGUUACCAUGAAGAACGACUGUCAUGACAUGCAAUGAGGCCAGUACCAAUAGUGAAGUGCAACAAUUUUGGCUGUUGGGUCCAUAGUUCAAAGUAUAGUGGCGUGAACUGCGAGGAUGACUGGUAUGUUACUCUGGGCUUCGGGAGUUUGUUACAGGUAAGUGUGAGUCCUAAUUUGUUAUCCCUAUUAUGAAAAACAUUAUUUAAAUAAAAAUGGGGAUGUUCAAACAACUGAGAGACAUUUUGACUGUGUCCAAAGAAACUGCCAAAAACUAAUUAACUUGAUUUAUAUAAAACUGCUUUUAGUGAAUUGUUGUUCAAAGAAUUCUUUUAUAUUAAAGAGUAAAUUAACACUGCCUAUAUGCUGCACCAGGCUAAAAAUGAAGGUUUAUAUUCAUCUUUACAAUGGAAAGAAGAAAAAAAAAAAGCAAACCCCAAUCUGAAUUGCACCUUUCAUUUAGCUGGUGAAAUUAUGCGUGCUGAAUAUGCAACUGUUAAUUAGUACAGCCAUACUGUAUGUAUUUAUGUGUACUCCUGUACAGUGUGAAUGGAGAAAUCCCAGGCAAAUGUUGUAUACAUGUAUACUUAAUGACACUUGCUUUCAAGAGUAUCAAAAUGCACAGGCACCUUUUGAGAGCAUGACAGUCAAUCAGAAUAUUAUCCAUAAACUGAAUGGUAACUUUAAAUCACUAGAGUAGGAGGUAAUUUUGAGGAGGAAAUGAAGCGGUAGUGGAAUAGUGAAUAAGUGUCCUUUUAAAUAAAUUAGCUUUUAAAUGUAGUUGUAAUUCCUUUGCACAAAUAACUGUAUGGAGGUUUGGACUGAAUGAGUAGGGCUUGAAGCAGCUGGGGUUUUUCAGUUGAGAAUUCUUUUAUUUAUGUUUUUUGUUAUGAGAGUUUCUUCAUGCAAGGCAUUUGAUCAUGGGAGCCUUUUAAGUGUCCUUCGUUACUUGGAGCCCCAGGCCGCACCCGAGAGAUGCUGCGCUCCCCUGGUAGUGCCCGGGCUUGAAGCGACGUGGCCAAGUACAGUCAGCUGCAGGAUCAAAACCAUCAGGUGCAGAUCAAAAGUUUUCACUCUGAUAAUUCCUUUGAUCUGUCAGUGCUUAGUGCCACAAAAGGAGCAUUUUUGUUCCUUGCUCUUUGACAUAGACUAUAUCUUCAUACUUGUUAGCUCUUUUGAUGGAAAUAGAAUUAUAUUUAUAGCUAUAGGGGCCCUCUGGUCACUAUGUUAAGACUGUCAAUAUAGCAACUAAAGGUUUUGUUUUUUACUUGCAGAAAAUUUAGGUGUAGAUGUAAAAUUUUAUUAAAAGAUUCACUUUCCUUGCCAUCACCAGCUCAUUUUAACUGUUUUUUCCACUUGUAUUGCUAAAGCAGCAGACAUUAGCUCUCCUUCUAAGGGAUUUCAAGUGAUCCCAGAACUCCGUAUGGAUUUGAAGCAUCAUUUUGGCGGUGGCCUACCUCAGAUAACUGUUGCCUCCUUCCUUUUGUUUUUUUUUUUUGUUUGUUUGUUUCAGUUUGUUCUACAUUACCUUUGAAACCAUCGUGACAGCCAUAGCUUUGUUUACAGAACUGAAUUGGGUAAGGUUGACCUUUGGGAAAGAGGACUAAAUUGGGGGGGGCAGUUAUAUUCAGGUUAUUUUUGUUUUGUAUUUCCUUAUGAGGAAACAGGCUUUAGUUUAACCUUUUCAUAUCAUUCUGGAAAUAAUUCAGUCUUCCGUCACUGUCAUCGUAAAAAGCAAAAAGAAUGUAUUCAUCAAAAAAAAAAACAACCUUCUGGAGAGGGGAGUAAGUGUUCUUCCCAAAUUUCUAGAAGUCUGCUCCCUCCAUGUAGAAUAUUGCUCAUAUAUCAUUAAUCAGUAAUUGCCUCUUUCUUUGUAUAGUAUUGUACAUUUACUUGACUGGUAUUGAACACUGAAGAAUUCAGGAAUCACAGCUGGAACUAGCACUUAUUCCAUGCCAUGUAAUUCAGAUCAGCCACUUAAUUUCUCAUUUGAUCUUAGAGGAUUCUUCUUAAUUGUUUACAUUUAUUGUUUCUUAAUGAAGUUUCAAAAUGAGCCCAGCUUUGGUUGUCCUCCUCCUGCUAGCGUACCUGAAGGCAUAGCGGUGGGCAUGAGUAAAUGUAUGUCGAGAGGUUAAAAAUGGGACAUCUUAUGCAUCAGUCAGAACAUAGAAAACAAACAAAACAUUCUGUGAAUGAAAUAUUGUAUGUUCAGAUUUUAUAAGAUUAUUUUUUUUUUAGCCAGCCCUAUUUACAGCCGUAUAUUUUCUUAUAAAAGAUGUCUAAUAACAGGUGCUGUAACACUAUUGUUGGGUUUUACUGUCUGGUGAUAAGUGUAUACAAUAUUUCUAAGGGCAACUAUGUACUGUGAUGUAAAAGUCUGGGCUAAAAUGUAUAUAAUCCAUGUACAUAAUUGUGUACUCGAUUAUAAUUGCUGAUUGUAAAGAAUUUAAUAAAAUGUAAAUAUUCUGGUCAAGCUGUGCUAAACUGACACUAACUCCUGAACUGCCCAUCUGGCUCUCUUUGCCUU